UUGUGCGAGUCAACAAUAGAGGUGGAGAAACAUCGAUGGUUGCCUGCCAAACAUCGAUAUUAGCGAUGUUUCAAAAAUAUCGAUGUCAUCGAUGUUUCUCCACCUCUAGUCAACAACGUGUAAACAAACAAACAUGGUGCAAAAAAUAUUAAUGAUAUGUUUGGGCAACAUAUGCCGUUCACCCAUUGCCGAGGUUGUCAUGGCAGACACUUUGACCAAAGCCAAUCGGACAGAUGUGCUGGUGGAUAGUGCUGCGCUCGGCGGCUGGCACGUAGGAAAUCGUGCUGAUCCUAGAGCGCUGAGUACGCUGGAAAAGCAUGGGCUAAAAAGUACGCAUAUUGUGCGUCAAAUAACAAAGAAGGACUUUCAAGACUUUGAUUACAUAUUCGGCAUGGAUGAGGAUAAUAUGAAAGAACUGCGACGUCUGUCGCCACAGGGCUCCAAAGCAGAGCUGCUAAUGCUGGGUGACUUUGGCUUGGACAAAAGUGAGCGCAUCAUUGAAGACCCGUAUUACGAGCGAGGCGCCGAAGGAUUUGAGACAGCUUAUCAGAAGUGUGUUGUAUCUUGCGGUGCUUUUAUGAAACAGCGACUUCAGAAAUAGUAAACAAAUUACAGUGUCCACAAAUAUAUGAAACUGGUUUUCGGAAUAAUGUAAAUAAAAUAGCACUUGUUGGUUGCAUUGUGAU